GGCGGCGGCCGGGCCCCAUGCUGGCGGCGGGGCCCCCUGCGCCGGGACCCCCGCGGCACCCUCGGGGCUCGGGCUGAGGCGGGGGCGCGCGAUGCUCGGCUCCGUCAGAUGAAAGUUUGCGCCACUGCCAUGAAGGGACCGCGGUGAGCCCACCGCCGCCUCCGCCCCCCUGCCCGCCAGGAAUUGCUGCCUAAAUGGGUCCAGUCAUGCCUCCCAGUAAGAAGCCAGAGGGCUCAGGAAUUAGUGUUCCCAGUGGAUUGAGCCAAUGUUACCAAGAUAGAGAUUUAUCAAAGGCACUUCAUGAUGACGAGGACCUAGAUUUCUCUUUGCCUGCCAUCAGAUUCGAUAAAGGGGCCAUGGAAGAUGAAGAACUAACUAAUUUGAACUGGUUACAUGAGAGCAAGAACUUGCUGAAAAGCUUUGGGGACUCAGUGUUAAGGAGCGUUAGCCCCGUUCAGGACAUUGGUGAUGACACGCCGCCGUCUCCUGCCCACUCUGACAUGCCCUACGAUGCCAAGCAGAACCCCAACUGCAAACCUCCUUAUUCCUUUAGCUGCCUCAUAUUUAUGGCCAUCGAGGACUCGCCAACCAAAAGACUGCCCGUAAAGGAUAUAUACAACUGGAUCUUGGAACACUUUCCAUAUUUUGCAAAUGCACCCACUGGAUGGAAAAAUUCUGUGAGACAUAAUCUGUCCUUGAAUAAGUGUUUUAAGAAAGUGGACAAAGACAGAAGUCAGAGUAUUGGAAAGGGGUCCUUGUGGUGUAUAGACCCAGAAUAUAGACAAAAUCUUAUUCAGGCUUUGAAAAAGACACCCUAUCACCCAUAUUCGCAUGUGUUCAGUACACCUCCCACAUCUCCUCAGGCAUAUCAAAGCACAUCAGGUCCACCCAUUUGGCCAGGAAGCACCUUUUUCAAGAGAAAUGGAGCCCUUCUACAAGAUCCUGACAUUGAUGCUGCCACUGCCAUGAUGCUUUUGAAUACUGCCCCUGAGAUACAAGCAGGUUUUCCUCCGGGAGUGAUACAAAACGGAGCUCGAGUUCUGAGUAGAGGAAUAUUUCCUGGGGCCAGGCCAUUGCCAAUCAACCCUAUAGGAAGCAUGGCUGUCGCAGUAAGGAAUGGAAUAACAAACUGCCGGAUGCGGACAGAAAGCGAACAGUCCUGUGGCUCUCCAGUUGUUAGCGGUGACCCAAAGGAGGAUCACAACUACAGCAGUGCCAAAUCUUCCAACCACAGGAGCACAUCACCUGCUAGUGACUCCAUUUCCUCUUCCUCUGCUGAUGACCAGUAUGAAUUUGCAACUAAAGGUAGCCAAGACAGCAGCGAAGGAAGUGAAGUUAGCUUCCAGAGCCACGAGAGCCAUAGUGAAACAGAAGAGGAGGACAAAAAGCAAAAUCGGAAGGAGACCAAGGAUUCUUUAGCUGACAGUGGGUAUGCGUCCCAGCACAAGAAAAGGCAACAUUUAAUGAAGGCGAAAAAAGUACCAAGUGACACACUGCCUCUUAAAAAGAGACGUACAGAAAAGCCCCCUGAGAGUGACGACGAGGAGAUGAAAGAAGCAGCAGGAUCGCUUCUGCAUUUAGCAGGAAUCCGAUCCUGUUUGAACAACAUCACCAAUCGGACGGCAAAGGGGCAGAAAGAGCAAAAGGAAACCACAAAAAAUUAGAACAAAUCAAUGAUUUGUUUGAACUUACAAAGUUUUGUUUCAGCACGUCAGGUGAAUUCUAAUGAUUUGUGGCAAUAUCAGCAAUUUUUUCCUUUUUUGUUUUUCUUUAUUUGUUUUUUGUUUUGUUUCUUUUUUUUUUCUUUUUUUUUUUUUUGGACCCUUAAGAUUUUUAUUUUUAAAGGAGAUUGAAGCCAUAGAACUCAUACUGACACUCAGCUAAUUUACAAAAGCUUUUCAUUACCUGAAGACAAAAAGUUAACAAACAAACAAACAAAAGCCAAAAUCGCCAUUGCUUUCCCCGGCUUGUCAAAGCACGUGGUUGGUUGAACACACAGUGACAUCAGCAUUAGUGUGAUGGGAGUAAAAUCAGGCACUUGGAAACCCCCCUUCUACUAGAAGAGCUGUGCAUAAUUGAGUAGUCAUUCAGGCGUGGCCCUUAAGAGUUUUUUUAAUGGCCUUGUGAUCGGGUUAGAAGUAAAUGUGAGUGAAGACAUUUGGGGGGAAGACGAGGCAUGUGCUUCUCCACACCAAGCCAAGACCCGUAUAGCGGCGCGUGUGCCACAGGGGCCUUUGAGCAGCAGCCACUCAUGAGCUGCAACAUGCUGCCCGCGCAUCACGCGCGGCUCCUAACACCGGGGCUUGGUCACUUAAAGUCUGGGGAGAUGGGAACCGUGUGUGCAAUGGGGUUCAGUGAAAUAACGACAAGAAGUGGGAGCGGGGUCACUGUUGGCAGCACCGUUAAUCGCUGAAUUCUGUCUUCUGUAUUCAAUUGAAAGAAUGUUCAAAAAGCCAUAAGCCCGAAGAUUGGCACUGCGUGCAAAAAACAACAGUGAUAGGGAAAAACAAGCUGUGUCUUCUAAACUGCCUGAGUGAAAAGCAAUCAAGUCUAAGAAAUUACAGUAGAUAGUAAGGAAGGAAAUACAUCAGAAUCUUUUUCUGUGGAUCAAAUCCUUGAUCUAACUGUGGAAAACAAAGCUACAAAACCUGCCAUUAGUAGUAUUCCAUAUUUUCAAAGAAAAUGAAAGCGUAUUGGUGAACAGGAGCAAAAGAUCCUGCACUGCCCUCAGAAAGGAGCGAGCAGGUACCGCCAGUCAGGAUUCAUCUGUGCAAAAAUGACCACAGAGAGCCAGAUUCAACCAGCAUAGCCAGCAGAAGAAACUUGAUCCACCUUGCAUGGAUUCCCUUUGGGAGCGGGAGGGAAUACAAAAAGCAAACAGUUCUUUUUAUUCAAAGAUGACAAAGUUCUUGUAAGGUAAAUAAUGUAUUUAGCAUGAAGCAUGAAUUAUUUUCAUAUAAAUAUAGAAAAUAGAGAAAAAGGCUAUGCCUCUAAUUUUUAAGCCCUUAGGCUUAGAGUUUGGUUUUUUGGGUUUUAUUUUUGUUUGUUUGUUUUGUUUUCAUUUUGGUUCUUUUUUUUGUUGUUGUUUGGGUUUUUUUGAAGCAGAUGUUUAAGGUUUAACCUUCUUCAGGGACAAACACUGACUGUUUGGGAACUUACUCUGCAAUAUUAAAAAAAUCUUCAUGCUCUGGUAGGGCUUGGAUGGUUGAAUUCUACUGCCUUGUCUGCACAUUCAGCCCCCCUCUCCCUACUUCUGUUUAACAAAAAAAAAAAAAAGGAAAAAAAAAAACAAAAAAGAAAAAAUGUGUCCUUUCUUCGUCUGUACAUGUGUAACAAGACGCAAUAAUCUGAGGGCAAAUUUAGUAGUGAGUGUGUAUGACAGAAUCGAGAAUAAUGGGAGGUUAAUUGAGGAAAACUCUCUGAUUUUAUUCAGGAAUAAGUAGACAAGAAAAUAGCUUUGCUAAUUUGCCGUGAGGAAAUGAAGUUAGUAAAGAACCUUACUGGGGCGUCCAGAGGAAAAAACAGUGUUACAGAGUGUGAUUCAGGUAUAGUGCUACUCCUGGUAAUGGUGAUUGUUGGAUUGGAGAUCCCAACAGCAGAGAGAAGCCGUGAAUUAAACAAGACAAGUCUCUCUCACCUGGAUUCUUGAAUUUGGUAUGAAAAAGUCUGCGCUUAGAAUAUCCCAGAGGCAUGAAGAAAAUCCCAGGAACCAACUGCUGAACAGAAUGCAAUGGUCUGUUUCUUAAUAAGAAUAUAGGUUAAUAUUUAUCCCUAACAACUGUUUACAGCAGCAGUUUCACCAAGACGGAUCUAGUUGAUGAAGAGUGAGUUAGAGAAGGGUUUUACUUCCCACUCAGUGAACUAAAACUUGCAUUUGGAGGUGCCUGUGGUGUGUGUUCAGUUAAGGAAGCAGAGGACUGAAGGUCAUGCUGGUCUGUACCCGUUUUGUGCCCCGCAGGCAUUUUGUCCUGUAAAGCACAGGGCCAUGCUCAGGGCAGCGCUGCAGAAGGGUGCCCCCUCCCAUCUGAGCCAGCGUGUCCCGGGAUGAGGAGCUGCCUGCGAGCGGCCAGGGCCCAGCACAGCAGUGGUUGCUGGGCCAGGGAGGAAGAGGCGAACCAGGGACUUGCGGAACAGCUCUGCACUCCCCUCAGCCCGCUGGAGCUGGUGCACACAGGGCUUGUUCCCAGGUAGUUAAGUCAGGAGUACACAGACAAUAACUUUUGUCUGCUGCCUCCAGACCUGAAUGUAAAAUUGUGGAGAACAGGAAGGGCUGAUCCCUUGGCCAGGUAGCAGAGAGAUGAGCAAGCCAUGAACGAGCCAUAGCUUUUCCCGUGCGUGACUGGAUUGGGGUAAUUGGCUCCCUCCCAGAUCCACGCUCCCUACAGCCAGAGUCCGCAGGCAGCGAACCACACAACCCCUGCGCAAGGAAACUUGGUCCUUCAUCUUUUUAUGGACUUGGGGAAGAGUAAUUUGGAAUGUAUAAUACUACAGUAUCAGUUUGUCACCACCUUCGCUCGUUAAUGCAUAGAUGUACCAGUUGGGAGUGGUUUAGUAUUUAUUACAAAGCAACAUUGAGAAGUCAAAUGUGGUGGCAGAAAAUACUCUCAAACCAUGGGUUGGCUGUCUCUGUCUUCCAGAGAAAGCGAUGUGGUUGUGUACCAGUGGCCAGAUUCUGUCUACAAUCAGAACACUAAUUCCACAGAAGCUUCACUGAUUGCAGUGUGUCAGUGUAAAUGAGAUCAGUAUCUGCUGAACAACAAGUACCAUUCAUUACUGUGGACUCUUGGUGGAUAAAUAUAUAAUUACCACUAGUAUUACUCACCUUAGAAAACAGUCAUUUUGCAUAAAUAUCUAAUUAGGCAGGUUAUCUUUAUACAUAUAGAUAUAUAUAGAUAUAUAUAUAAUCUAUCUAAGACUUCAACAACUCCUUUAUAUACUUGCUGGUAAACCUAAGAUGUUGGCAAGCAUCUGUUCUCAUGUAAAAAUGGUUGCUCCUGGUCUGAUCUGCUAAGGAGGUGUUGUUCAGUAGGAGUUUACAAAGUCGAGUCCAGGGACCAGCAGUUUGGCUGAGGGCUAUUGCCAUCAACAGCUUACUUUUGGAAUUUAAAAACAACUUGUCCGUAUUGACUCUUCUGACUCUGUUGAAGAGAAGUACAUAAUUUGGAUUCUUAAAAAGUUUAGGAAUCACCUUUAAAAACCAUUUCUGUGCCUGGCUGGCAAUGGCAGCUUUGUCAGAACUGGGUCUACUCCAUCAGAGAAGUUAUCCUUUUUUUAAUAAGAAUUGGGACCGAUUUGUUUUCCAAAACAUAUAAUGUCAGCUUUUCAAUCCAGUUUUCUCUACUUUGACCGAAUCAUGCCAAAAUGGAGUGGUAAUUGCACUGUGUUACGAACUCUCUCAUUUGCCAGAUGUGAAGUGGUUUGGUUCUGCUUGUUUGCUUUCCUUCCUAAGCCAUUUUGGGGUGAGAAGCUGUUGAAUCUCUUAACUUUCCAUUUCCUCCCUCUAGCAGUAUUGCCAAAUUAGCACUUCUCCAAGACAGGUGGGGACUCGGGGAAUCCCAGUAGGACAGCAGGCGUUCAGUGGCGAGUUUCAUGCAGGUGUGCAUUGCAAGGAUGGCUGGGUUUGGCGGCGAGUUCCUCUAGAACGUGCCUUUGCAGCACGGAGUGAAUGCCGCGUGCAGCUUGCACUGGCGCUGGCAGGGAGGUGAGACCCGCCGGUCCUGCUUGUGCUCUGCAAGCCAUUGGAUGUCCUCCUGCAUUUCAAUGCAGGUUUUGCCCACCUUUAAAAACUCAAGCACAGGUCGUGAGCAGCCGUAAUGUGUCACCCCAUAGCUGUUUCUGAAAGCAGUCUGAUUCUAAUCUUCUUCUGGCAGAACCAGCAGUAGUUCUACCAAGAUGGCAGGGUUUUGCAGCUGAAAAGGCUGAUGUGGGAGCUAGGAGGUGUGCCCUGUGGGGCUGGAGAACUGUCCUGUGGUUGUGUUCUCUUCUCUCUGGCAAUUCCAUUGAGGUCCAUAUUCUGGCUCUUUUAACCUGAAUGGGAGAAAGUGCUCCCAAAAGGAGGUGCAGCAGCUCCCAGUGUUUGGCUGAACUACUCCUGCCUACCUUUGGAAAAGAUACAGAGAAGCUCUGGGGACUGCAUUCUUCACUGGAGUGAGGUAGAACUACAUUGACAUACUUUGGCAGAGAAUUAAAUCCUAAAUCACACGCCAAAUGGUACCAGGGAUGAAAAGACCAAAACAACACUUUGUCCCAGUUUCUCGGUAGCUGUGAUUGAUUUUCACCGAGAUUUUGGCUCUCCAAUCAUCUAAAGAUGUAGAUAGGGGCAGUCAGAGGUUGUCUAGAACCCAAAGGUGUCUGAUCUCCUGUGCAGUCAGUAGAGCUGUGGACACCCAAGUGCCCCUGGAAGUCUUUACUACUUCACUGUUAUUACUGUUAUUACCAUUUUUCCUUAAAUCUGGCCCAAGGCAUUUUUGAGAUCAUUCCUCUCCCGUGCUCCAGGAUCAGAAUAAAACUAUCAAGAGAACGCAUUUCCAAUUUCAGAUGCAAUACAAUUUACUUCAUUUCAUGGAGAAUGCAAACCCAGCUCCUUCAGGUGUGUCACUACUGCCUGAAUAGCUCACUGGCGUAUUUUAUAGGAAAUAUUUGGAAAUGUUUUCUUGACUUUGCCACCGAAAGAGCAUUUGAACCAUACAUCCUCCUGAUUGUAACAGAAUAUCAGUGUUGACCGUCUGACCAGUUAAGUUUUAGUAGUGUUCUUCACAGCCCUCCAGUAAUAUAUCAAACACUGUUAUGCACAUAAUGCAGCACUGUGAUCUAAUUUAAAUAAUACUUUUUUAUUAUUUAUACUACUCUAUGUAAUAUACAUCAACACUUUGCUAUAUAACCUAAGUGAUAACCCUCUUCUUAGUUAUUUGCCAAACUUUGACUUUCUGUUUGGUUUAUAUUGCAGUUAGCAGUUAUGAAGUUGUAAUUAUGUCUCUUUUCCUUUGAAACGGGAUGUGUAAGUCAAACUAUACAUUUUGUGUGUGUUUCUGUUCCGAGCUGGAGUUUAUAAGGAUUUACACACAACAUUCGGUGUUCUGUAUAAAUCUGCAUACAUUUGUGAAAUCAUCUGUUAAUCCCCUUUUAUUUAGAAAGUAUUAAUUGAUGGUGGUUUAUUAGGGUUUUUUAUUUUUGCGUUCUUAUUUUUAGUACUGGUUAUUCUUGAAUUAAGCAGAGACUUGUCAGCUGGGUUGCUUUAUCGUUGAUCAUGUACCUGACCUUAUAAUUCUUCCACAGUUCAGCAAACAAGUACUAGCUUCACUGACCAAAAAAAAAAAAAAGUCUCAACCUAAUGUGUCUAUGGUGCUGUAUUUUGCUGGUGUACGUUUAAAACCAGAAAUGAUUUAAAGGUCACUUUUGAGUUGUUUUAAUAAGUAGCCUUUCCCGGUUUUGGGAGUUUGGGGUUUGUUUUGUUUUAGCAUUGAAACAAGGUAUAUUUAUCUGAAGCUAUGUAAUGGUUUUUCUACUGUAUCACAUUUCCUUUUACAAAGAGGGGGAAAUCAACCUGAUGUACCAUCGUUUCCCAGUCAAUGGAAGGGAGUUUCGUUUCACUUUUUUAUUUUCAGUUGAUUUCGUUGGGCUUUGGAUCAGGCCAGUGGAUACAAGAGCUCAUCAUCUGAGGGCUCCAGGGAUAAAUGACAGUUUGUGCUGGCCCUCAGUGGUAGAGGUGAUUUCACCGGAUGGUAGCGUUACGUGCUGGAUUCUGUGAUGCUGAUCAUGUAGAAAUGGGAGUCUUUUUUCGUUUGUUUACUCUGGCCUGAAAUCCCAAGACUUUCUCUUUUUUUGUUCAGAUGACAUUGAACUUGAGUACAUUUUUAAGUUGCUAGAGCAUUGUACAUUUCCUGAGUAUGUGUGUAAGACAGCAAUUUAAAGUCAUACCUAUAUUUGAUAACCAAUUCCAUGCCUGCAUCAUUCACACUCACUACUUAAAACUGCCAUGAUGUAAAAUGUUGCGAGGAAUGAUUUGUGUGUGUAUGAAAAGCAUUAUGGACUUGUACAUUUUUUUUAUACUCUGAUCUGUAAUUUCUGAAAUAUUUUGUUUUACAGAAGAAAAAAAAAAAAAGUGAUAAAGCAAUCAAAAGACCAAGAGAUUCAGUAUCAAUGCUUAAGGGUCACAGGACCUUAACUGGCCAAUAAGUUAAUUUAGUACAGUGAUAAGCCAAUUUUUUUUUCCUGUACUUGGCGUCUGAAGCUGCCAAUUUCAUCAAUAUUAAAAUACAAACUGUGAGGAAUGAACAGUGAUGUUAAGUUGUUUUUGUGUUUACCUAAAUGAGCAGUCCGAAGGCAAGUGCAAUCAGCUGAUCUUUAGGAAAUAUGAAAAAGUUGAUUUAGAGGCAUACUUGCAUUUUACAUUUUCUUGAUGUGUAAUCAUAUUGCCAAAGACAAACUAUUUCAUCAAUUAUUAUUGUAAAUAACACUUUCCCAAAACCUACCAUAAAGUUUCUGUGAUGUAUUGUCUUCCAGUUGCAAUAAAAAUUACUGAGUUGCAUCAAUUGAAGAA